UUCUUCCAACUUCGAACACAUAAACAACUGACGGAAUGCACCUUUACAAUGUGAAUGUUCUGUGAUCACCUGUAGGACGGCUGGUACCUGGAUGCUGAAACCCGUAUGUGAUCUAUAUUCUACACAAUGGUGUAGAUAUGUAUAAUGGAACAAAGAAUGAGAACUAUGUUGCGAUGACGGAAGGCGUGCAAACGUUUCUCGAAGAUUUGGGGUUGCUGCAAUAUUUUGACAUGUUCGUCAUCAAAGGCUUCGAUUGCGAGGAAGAUCUAUGUCAUAUAGACAGUGCCGACUUAGAUUCCAUGAUGAUAGCGGACCCUGAUCAUCGUCGACAGAUCUUACACGCAGCACGACGUUUCAAGCCCAGUCCAGAAUACAGGCUGUUGGAAUGGCUGAAAACUAAUGGCCUAGAUUAUUAUUUUCCAAACUUUGUGAACAGCGAGUCGGCGAACGACCUUGAUCAGAUACAGAUGCUGAACUUACCGGAUCCUGAUAUUUUGGACGAGUUAGAAAUUACACUACCUGGACACAAACGGCGAUUCGAACGGGCAGUAAGCCGAUUGCGGAAGCGUAUCAAAACAACAGAACAAUCACCGGAAGAGCCCCUUGCGCAUGGACGAUGGGCUAAACCAAUGGCAUUGCAGGACGGCAAGUUUGAUUUUCUGGUGUUAGACGCUACUGUGUAUUCUACAAAUGAUCGGAAAAGGUCUCAUACGCUUGAGUUUAUGAUAGAUUCCGGAAGUGACGUCACGACUAUACGGGAAGAAGUCCUACAGAAACUUGAUUUGGAGUUGUUGGGCCGAAUACAUAGUAAAGGUGUUCAUGGAUCCAAAAGUACCAACCUGUACAAAGCUUUCCUCAGAAUAGGCAACCAGGAACUUCAGAUAGAGGUGAUGGGGGAAUCAUAUGAUUCCCUGGGCAGUCGUGUUGUUCGCCACUUCAGACACUUUAUUGACGGUAGCCGUCAUUUGUGGCUAAAGGGAGAUUACUGUGAUCCGGAUAUGGUGCCACCCAGGACCAUUACACCCUCUCCGUCGGAGUCAUCGGUAUCAUCAUUUAGACCUCAGACCCGGUCUUCCUCCUCUUCAUCGUACAUGCAAUCUACCUCGCCGUCGUACAGAAGUACAUCAGAUUCACUCUCCUCGUCGUCGCAAAACUUAUCUCAAAGUCAAAGUCUCAAUAGUUCCCAGGACUUAUCACAAAGUCAAAGUCUCAACGAUUCACAGGACCUUACACUUCAACCGGAAACGGAAGUGACGCAUGCGAUAUCAGCGGCGGAAACAGGUCAUUCCCAAUCGAUUGAAGAACAUUCACAGCUAGAAUUAUCCCAAGAGAGCGAGGAAGAAUUGUGAACAGUUAUAAUUAUGAAAUUUAGUAUAUUUAUUUUACUCAGCUGUAAUCGAACAACAUUUUACUUGCGUUUACCAUGUUGUAUGACUUACAUAUUUUAUACCAUUCCAAGCUUGAUCAACUUAAGAUUCAUAUGCAAUAUAGAAAUUCUAGUGCCAGUUACUGUGCAAUCCGUCCAUUCUUAGAUAGAUAUGUUGCAAACAUGACGAAUCGAGAUCACUUCUUCGACCAUUGUCUGUGAUCACGUUUCAAGAAGAAAUCCGCCUUUUCCAACGUCCCCUUCUGGUGCAUUGUGCGAAUGAUCGGACUUGCCUCCCCUAGUUUUUGCUGUUAUGUGCAUCAAUGAUGGUAGAUUGGAAUGUAUUUCCUGCUAGAUGAUAUUUAAUUUAGUCCAUUAUAGUGACGAGGCUAACAUUAUCGCACUGGUAUACAGUUUUGUUGGGGUAACUCAAAUGAUGAUACAUAAGAUUUGGGAUCUAAACUUAUUAUAAGAGACAGAUAUUGGGAGUGACAGGGGUCAUGGGUCACACGCAUAUGAUAUUCUCAAUGGUCAUGGAAAAUUUGUAAAUGUGAUGUAGACAAAGAAUCUUCAUGUUUAAAUGACUUAUAUCUAGACUUUUCAUCAGCGAUCCCAAAAUUAAUUAAUUAUUGAAAUAUUCCGAUGAAAUUAUCUGUCUUUUCAGAAAAGCAGCGAAGUGAUAUUUGUCAUUAGAUAUUGGUUAUUCACGUGAUUUAGAACACGUAUUUAUAGGCAAUAUCACUGACUGGAGGGACAGAACACACAAGGUAAACUUAUUACAAUUCUAAGUCGUCAAUUCCAAGUCCUGAUGUCCUAGACUUAUAUAAAUCCCACACAUUGGAUGUGACAGGAUAUCGUUUUUGUCUUUCCCAUUCUUUGUGAAACUUCUUUUAAAAAAUUUUUUGUGUAUAUUUAUUAUAUAUUUAUAUAAUGUUGUCCACAAUUUUAGAUAUUUAUUGAAUGGUUACGAUAUAAAUGUAAUUAACUUAUGUUAUCGUUGAAAUGUAAUUUAGUAGAGAAAACAAUAAACUUGAUUGUUUUGUGUGAAGCGUGUAUAGUAUUAUGUUGUGUCAGUGUGAGUAUGGCCACUCCAAUAUAUACUGAUGUCGGUGUGAGUAUGGCCACUCCAAUAUAUACUGAUGUCGGUAGGAGUAUGGCCACUCCAAUAUAUACUGAUGUCAGUGUGAGUAUGGCCACUCCAAUAUAUACUGAUGUCGGUGUGAGUAUGGCCACUCCAAUAUAUACUGAUGUCGGUAGGAGUAUGGCCACUCCAAUAUAUACUGAUGUCGGUGUGAGUAUGGCCACUCCAAUAUAUACUGAUGUCGGUGUGAGUAUGGCCACUCAAUAUAUACUGAUGUCGGUGUGAGUAUGGCCACUCAAUAUAUACUGAUGUCGGUGUGAGUAUGGCCACUCAAUAUAUACUGAUGUCGGUGUGAGUAUGGCCACUCCAAUAUAUACUGAUGUCGGUGUGAAUAUGGCCACUCAAUAUAUACUGAUGUCGGUGUGAGUAUGGCCACUCCAAUAUAUACUGAUGUCGGUGUGAGUAUGGCCACUCCAAUAUAUACUGAUGUCGGUAGGAGUAUGGCCACUCCAAUAUAUACUGAUGUCGGUGUGAGUAUGGCCACUCCAAUAUAUACUGAUGUCGGUAGGAGUAUGGCCACUCCAAUAUAUACUGAUGUCGGUGUGAGUAUGGCCACUCAAUAUAUACUCAUGUCGGUGUGAGUAUGGCCACUCAAUAUAUACUGAUGUCGGUAGGAGUAUGGCCACUCCAAUAUAUACUGAUGUCGGUGUGAGUAUGGCCACUCAAUAAUAUACUCAUGUCGGUGUGAGUAUGGCCACUCAAUAUAUACUGAUGUCGGUGCGAGUAUGGCCACUCAAUAUAUACUGAUGUCGGUGUGAGUAUGGCCACUCAAUAUACUGAUGUCAGUGUGAGUAUGGCCACUCAAUAUACUGAUGUCGGUAGGAGUAUGGCCACUCCAAUAUAUACUGAUGUCGGUAGGAGUAUGGCCACUCCAAUAUAUACUGAUGUCGGUAGGAGUGUGGAUGUGAAUGCAUCGUUAUAACCGAAGUAUUUAAUUCCGUAGUAUGUGUUGGUCGUGAUUAUAAAAGCAUUGUAUGUAUGAAUGCGAUUUUUUUAUCUGAUUACUGAAUACAAAGAUAUGUUUUCUGAA